GUACAUCUGUACGACUCGGUGAAAUAAACGGCUACGAUGCUCCUAACAAUCUCCAUGUACGGGCACUGUGCCAGAUCGGAUGGCUCCGAGUUACUGAACCAAAGAAGGUUCAGAGCUACAAGAAGACUGCUUCUUUCACUUUUAUCUUUAUAAUCCGCCCAAUUUCCCCCGCAUUUCUUCCUCGGAGCCAGCCGCGAAGAACAUCACGGGCAGGUUGCAGUCUUCCAGACGACGCUUCGCAGGAGUCGAGUGUCAGAGAAUUAUUUGCUUCUAUGCAACUAACACGAUGUCCAAUGGAACGGCAUGGAACUUUGUUCCCCAUCGGAGCUGCAUUCAGUACACCCAGUGGAAAGAGGGUAGAUAUGCAUGGAUCUGACAAUUUUAUGCCUCUUUCACCUCAGUGGCUGCAGACCAAGUUAGGGGAUAAUAAGAUGGGAACGGAAAAUCUUACUAGUUCACAUCAUGGAGAGCGUACUAGCUCCUUAAAAUGGCUAGGAAAUGGUGAAGAUUCCCAUGAGGUUGGAAAGAGAAAAGACGUUUAUAAGCGUGCAUUACAUGAUUCAGAAACUGGAUGCCAGGACCGUUGGCGCGACGAAGAAAGGGAGACAAAUUCAUUUAUUCACCGAGACCAAAGGGGAGAGCGCUGGCUGGGCAGUUCCUUCCGGCACUCGGCAGAACGUCGGAACCUCUCCGAGCGUUGGAGUGAAUCAGGAAAUAGGGAAAGUAGCUUUGAUCAACGACGUGAGACCAAAUGGACCACACGCUGGGGUCCUGUUGGCAAGAUAUCACAGUGUGGCUAUGGAAGAGAUGCUGAUAAAGUAGGGGAAGCUUCCCCUCGUCCAUGGAGAUCAAACUCUUCCAUGGCUCGAGAAAAGGCGGAGUCAUCUUCUCAGCAAUCGUUUACCCCGCACAAGCAAAUUCAUACUGGUUGUGGCCGUGGGAAAGGGGAGAGCAGUGCUCCGCUUUCUCCUUCUCAUCAUGGUAGUUUUAAUUCCAGCAAUGCCAACAGCAUGACCUCACGCCCUCCUCAGCUGAGGUCUUUCUCAGCUAAGUCUGGUCUCCAAACAAUAUCAUCUCAUCUAAGAUAUAGUCGCAUGAAGUUACUUGACAUAUACAAGAUGAUUGAUAUAAGAAGCCAUAGGGUCUUUGUUGAUGGAAUUAUAGAUGUUCCUUCUCUGACAAGAUCUGAGCCGCUGGAACCUCUUGCGCUUUCAGCUCCUACCAUUGAAGAAUUGCUAAUCAUGACAGCCAUUGAAAAAGGAGAGGUUGCAAGUAGUGGUGUAGCUCAAGUUUUUAUAGAGGACACUGCUGGAGUAAAUGACAUUGAAUCAGUUAUGUUGAAGCAGAUGAAACUAGGGACUCAUGAAGGUUUGCAUUGUAUUGGAGGUGACUACAAACAUGAAGGCAGUGGAAGACAUCCAAAUAUCGAGCCAGUUAAACAGAUAUUAGAGAUUUCUUCCCAAAAGGCUGAUAGUAUGACUGAAGAAAUGAGCAUUCCUGAGAGUCCAUUUUCAGGUAGUGCAGCUCCAUGGAAAUCUCAAUCCGAUGGUAUUCCGUGCUUGCCAUCUACUGGUUUGAAUGAUUAUCAUGCUGGAUUUGGUGUCCUGUCAUCUGGGUUCAACUGGUCUCAUUUGUCUGUAGAUGCUGAGAAUGAGGCUACCAGUGCCUCAGUUUGCUCAUCUUUUUGUAAAGAUGAUUGGCUAAAGAAUCACUCUGGCGAUGCAGAGAACCGAAGCAAUCCCAAUAUUAAAAGGCAUGCAUCAGAAAUUUCGGACAGGGAAUGGACUGCUAACCCUGCUAUGAGAAAUUUUGAACCACUUCCAUCUCCAGAAGAACUAUCCCUUUAUUACAAAGAUCCGCAUGGUCAGGUCCAGGGUCCUUUUUCUGGCAGUGAUCUAAUCGGAUGGUUUGAGGCCGGGUAUUUUGGUAUUGACUUGGAAGUUCGCCUUUCAAGUGCUCCCCCAGAUGCUCCUUUCUGGUUACUAGGGGAUGUUAUACCGCAGUUACGGCUGAAGGUUAGGCCACCGCCUGGGUUUUGUCCAGCUAAACAGAACGUAAUUUUGGAGAUGUCCAACAGAGAUAAUAGUACUGGAAGCACCGUGCUUAACUCCCAUUUUGGCACAAUUGGGUUUGAAUCUUCUAAGAGCAUCCAGAGAAGUGGCAUUCUGGUUUCUACCAUAGCAGAUAAUCGAUUUGUGGAAAGUUUCAGUGAAGGAAUGCAGCAUGAAGGUGGUAUGCACAGUCCUAGGUAUUCAACUUCACUUGUUGGAGAAAGUGGGAGCGAUGUGAACUACCUGCUUGCCCAGAAGAGGCUGUUAGAGCAGAGGCAGAAUGCCCUACCCAAUUCUCUUCCUCUUGUAUCGGGGAGAGACUCCUCUCCAAUGGCUUCAACUAUUGGAAUUAUCUCAAAUUCACCUUCACCUGCUGUUAGUUCUGGGGCAUCUCCAUUUUCAAAUUUUCCUGAUGCCCAAGCUCCGAUCAACAAUUGUCCCCAAAAUAUGAUGGAUGCUCAUCAAAAUCAGCAUUUUGGUCCACAAUUUGGGUUUGGAGAGCAGCAGAAGCUGCUGCUGCAACCUCAUAAUUUGCCAUAUUUGCCUCAUUUAGCUAACCAGUCUGCUAGCAUAGUGUCUCCUGAACAGUUGCGUUCUUCAGAUAUAGCACAAGAUACUCAAAUGCUGAAUAUGCUUGCACGACAAUACUCACAGUCCCAGGCUCCUAUGCAAUCUCAAGUUUCUGUGCCAUCACAACUCUCUUUGUUUAAUGAAUGUCUGGUACUCAAACAGCAGUUGCAGCAACAGCAACAGCAGCUCCUACUCCAGCAACAGCAUCUUUUGCUUUCUCAACUCCUUGCUGGACAUCAAUGUAGUCCUCAUUUUGGCGAGCCUCCACAGAAAUUGGAUUCGUCUGUUUCAGUUGGAGAUGUUUCAAUUGACAAUUUUCUGAUAAGCCAGAGACAGGAGGCCCAGACUAAUGAGAAUAUACUAGCAGAUAAUCUUCAUGAUGAACGUGAUUCUACUAUUCAGAAAGUAAAUUUGCUGUAUAGCAAUAAUACAAAUAAUCCAUCCUGUUCUGGACCCUUAUUAUUGCAGUUACCGCAUCAAAUAUUUGAUAUUGCUUUACCUUCCAAAAAACAUGAAAGCAUUCAAGAUGUUGGUGAUCAUCAUGCAUCUAAUUUAUCUGUCGCAUUUGGGCAAGUUGCGACUUCACUAAUCUCUGAUGCAUUGGAGAAGCCUGUGGAAGCUUUUGAUUCUUCAGACGAUGCUCUUUACCUAAAUUGUCAUGCAAAAGAACCCAAGCUAUCAAUGCCUCAGCCCAGUGAAGUUAUUCCAUCAGAAUGUUCUGUAUUGUCACAGGAAGCUUCAAGUACUUCUGGUUUUGGAUCCCCUAUCGUCAAUCAAAUUUGUGCUAUAAAAAUUUCCUCAGAGGAUGAUUUUAUUGAGCAACAUCGAACUGAUUUUUCUGCAGCGAAAGAUUCAAAAAAUGUAGAAACAUGUCAAACAAAGAAAAGCACAGAAAGAAAAGCACGAAAAAAGAAAAACUCAAAGACACAGUUGGCUUUGGACCUUCUAAGGGGAUUUUCGAACUCAAAUCAAUUGGAGCAGCUAAAGUCAACGUUUGAUAUUGAGGAUCUAAAGUCUCAUGAUUUAUCUGAGGCUCAGACAGGCAAAUUGAAGCAACCUAAUGAUUUUGUAUCUACUGCGGUUGAGGACAGUUCUAACAAUUCUUUCAUACCUGCGGAUUAUUUGAAAUCUCAUCUUCCAGCUUCGGUUACAGAUAAAGGAGCCGAAACAUCAAAUAAGAAAGUUGGGUACAUAGAUGGUGGCACCUCUGAGUUCUCCAGCCUCCGGGCCUGGAAAUCUGCUCCUGGGGUCAAGGUAAAAUCACUAAAAGAAAUCCAAGCAGAGGAACAGCAAAGGGUUCAAAUAGAAAAUAUGGCAUCAGAAAUUGAACCCAUCUCUACUAGCUGUCAAUUAUCAGUACCCUGGGCUGGAAUUGUAGUUGGUUUGGAUCAUAAUCCUGGUGGAGCUAUCGUACAAGUUGAUAGAAAUGCAGAGCACGUCUUGAGAUCUGACAGUAAUUUGAGUUCUAAAAGCAGGCUUGGCCAUCUUCAUGAUUUGUUGGCUGAAGAAGUUCUGGCCAAGUCAAGUGUGGGUGAUGAUAGUAUUUUCAUAGACAACAAGGAGGAAUUUUCGUCAGCUGUUUUUGAUGUUAAUAUUUCUAGAGACCUUAAAGGGCAACUUUUGUCACCGGUUAUAUCGGCCACUACUUCAGUUGAUGCAUCAGCUAUUCAUGAUGAAGGUUUUAUUGAGACUAAAGACUCCAAAAAGGUUCGAAAAAAGGGGCCGAAGGCUAAAGUUUCCGGAGCUAAGAGCUCUUCACCAGUUAGUUCAUUUGAUACUUCCUCCUCCUCCUUACCUGUGGAAAGGGAGAAAGAUCAGAAUCAGACACAAAAGGAGAAGGAAGGGUUACCUGCUCCACCGACUGCUUCUCUAGCUGAUUUUAUUUCUUGGAAGGGAGAACAAUCAAAUUCCUCGCAAGCACCAGCGUGGUCUAUGGAUACGUUCAAACUUCAAAAACCUACUUCUCUGAGGGACAUUCAGAAAGAGCAGGAAAAUAAAUUAUAUUCGCAGCAGAAUAUUGCUAUGACCACUCCAACAAAAGUGCAAUCUAAUCUGGGAAACCAUGGUUCUGGUUCUUUGCAGGUUGUAGGAUCAUAUCCCUCUAGUGGCUCCUCUCCCAUUCAUGGCAGCAGCACACUUACAUUAAGACAGUUGAAACCUAAAGUAGAAGCUGAUCUAUUUUGGGAUCUUGUCGAUCAUCCAAAGCAACAAGAAGAACAGUCUGAUUUUCCAUCCCUCAGAAAUUCUAACAGCUCCAGUGCAAAAACUCCUGCAAAAACAAAUCCAAUGACAAUUAGCCGGCAUAAGUCAUACAACAGCAGGCCUUCAUUGCACAGUCCUUCUGCUUCUCUUUUGUCAGCUUCUAGAGGCGACAAGAAGGAUGAUGAAACUAUCAAUCUUUCAGAGGCUACGGAUUUCAGAGAUUGGUGCCAUAAAGAACUAGCCAGGCUCACCGGGGCAAAUGCAGAUACUAGUUUCCUGGAAUACUGCUCGAAGCAGUCCCCCACAGAAGCUGAAAUGCUUCUUAAAGCAAAUCUUGGGCCCUUCGAUCCCAACCAUGAGUUCAUAGAUAAAUUCCUCAGCUACAAGGACUUCUUAUCGCCGGAAGUAAUCGAAUUAGCAUUCCGUGCAACCGACGCCCGGCUUACUCCAGUUCAUCAAGUAGCAGGUUCUGGUUCCACAGUGGAUGCAGAGACCGGCAAGGCGGGGAAGAAGAAAGGAAAGAAAGGGAAGAAAGUGAGCGCGGCGGUGCUCGGUUUUAAUGUCUCGAGCAACAAUCGAAUAAUGAAGGGUGAAAUUCAGACCGUCGACAAUUAGCUGAAAGACAUAGCUGAGUUUAUGGAGGCAUAGUUUGUAUAUACUUAUCUGUAAAUGCUCUUAAGAAAAAAAAAAUGAUUUCGAUUACAUUUGUUCCUUUAUUUUAUUUUGUGCUCUGCUUGAAAGAUGUGGCGGCUCGAAUCAGUGUUUGUUUCAAGAAGCUGAUGGAUGCCAUGUGAGGACUGUGGAGAAGGUUUGUAGGAGAAAAAACGCUUUUGCUAACUUGUCAUUGCUUUACCACCUAAUCUUAUAGAAUAGUUCUAAUGGCAUU